ACCGUAACAGAAAUCCCAGACAGCACAAUGUCCAAAACUGGGACAUAAAACGUCUUUAAGACGUCUUUAAGACGACUUAAAGAUGUCUUAUUUUCAGACACUUAAAGACGACUUAAAGAUGUCUUAAAGACGUCUUAUGACCCAGUUUUGGACAUGUGCGGUCUGGGAUGUUAUAGGGAUAUAUAUAUACAAGAGGCGAACGAGAGAUAUAGGAUUCUUCAGCAACAUGGCAUAUGAGAAUGUUCCAUUCACGGUAAAAGACAACGUCUUGAUAGGUCAAAGAAUUCCCUGCGAAGACUUGGAUAACGUGAACAUCGGAAAACUAAUUCUGAAAACCCUUAAAUCUCAGCCGAAUCACAUUGCGCAGAUAAACGCAGAGACGGGAAAAAAAAUUACAUUCGACGAGAUAAGAAACAUAAGUGUGAAAUUAGCAAUAUGGAUGAAAAACGAAGAUAUUUUUCCGGGAGACUUGGUAGGAAUAUGCACGAAUCAUCAUGUUGGAAUGUAUGCUCUUUUAGCGUGUUUGUAUAUCGGUGCUGUUCCGAUAGUGCUGAAAUACAAUCAACACGCAAAUGAAGACAUUUCGUAUCAUUUUGUGCGUACCCGUCCGAAGGUAAUAUUCUUCGACAAGAUGCAACCCCAGGAAUCAGAACUUACUGAUAAAGAGGAUGAUAUGCGGAUGGUUCUGUCAGUGUUACUCGACGUGUUACCAUCGAAUUUAUUCAAUGAGUCUUCUUCAGUUACAACUUUUACUUACAAGAGCCUCAUUUCUCGUAUAGAUGAAUAUUACAACCAGAUGGAAGUAGAUUGCUUUACUUGCACAGAAUUAGAUCAAUUCAGACUAGAGACCAUGGCGAUAAUAUAUACUCGCGGUUCUAAUGAUCUGAAUAAAGCCGUAAGGAUAUCUCAUAAAGCAGUUAUGUCACUGAUAAACCAGGAAUUCAUUGCUGCAUUAAAUGGCAGCACAGGCAUGUGGGUGGGACCUCUAUAUUUAUUUCCCAACCUGAUAAUAGCCAUUCAUUCGAUACUAAAAUAUAAACAGACAAUUAAAUUUGAAGGAGACGACAUGCGAAAAAUGUGCACAGUCAUGAAGAAGUAUGAGGUAAAUUGGGUGCGACUUGAAACUAAUCUGUGCCAAACGAUUUUGGAUUCUGGAGGCCUUUUGCUAUCUAAUGUGUCUUCUUUAAAAUUGUUAAUAUUCAACGGCUCGAGAAUGGAUCCUUCUUUUUAUACAGAACUCACCAAUCUAUUGCCAAUUUGCUGCGGUAAAAACACUGUUAUUAUGUCACUAUAUGGUAAGAUGGAAACAGGCAUAAUCUCUUUUCAAAAAUUCAACAGAAAGCCUGGAUCUAGCGGUCAUGUGGGAAAAAAUGUCCGCUUGAAGAUCACCAACUUCAUGUCCGAGACGCCGUUAGGCCCUAAUAUGCCUGGUGACAUCUGGUGCAACUGUUGGGGCGUUUCGGAAAAAUAUUAUGACACUAACGAUGUAAAUAAUAUGUGCGUGACAAAUAGUGAGGGAUGGCACUGCACCGGAGACGUAGGCUACUACGACGAGGAUGGUGAUAUAUACGUCACUAAUCGGGUCGAGGAUCUCGUCAACUUCAGAGAAUUCUGUUUCUCACCGACAAUAAUUGAAAAAAUAAUAAAAGAAGAGCCUGCCGUGGAUGAAGUCGCUGUAGUGGCAAUGCCGCACAAUGUCGACACGGAGCAUCCAAUGGCAUUUAUUACGAUAAAGAAGGGAGAACGGAUGAAGAAGAAAGACAUAGAGAAUAUAGCGGCGGAAAAAUUGUGGAACUGCAUGCAACUUCGAGGCGGCGUGAUGAUAUUGGAUCGAAUGCCGCAUGGUUCUGAUGGCAAUGUCGAUCGGAGUUACCUUCGGCGUGUAUACAAGAAGAAAUAUGAUGAAUAUUGUAUAGAAGCACCUGCAUAUACACCUCCAAAUUACAUCUUAAAGGGUGAAAAAGAUGCAACUAUUAAAAAUAUUCAGCAUAUCGGAUUUCAACUUAUAAAUUCCUUCUUUCACAGCAAACAGGAUAAGAUUUGUCUGAUAAAUCCACUAGAUCCCGACCGUAGUAUAAAAUAUUGGGAUAUCAGAAUGGAGACUAUGAUACUGGCUUUAUGGUUCCAACGGCAAUCUGUUGUAUCAGGCGAUGUAAUAGUACUAUGCACAGAUAAUAUGUUAAAUGCGAUUACACCUUUUAUCGCGUGCAUGUAUUGCGGCAUUACUGUAAACCCGUGGCAUGGGCACCUCGAUAAAGCACGCAUACGACACUUCCUCACGCAAGUCAUGCCAAAGAUAAUCUUUACCAGUGACAAGAUAGCUCCAAUAAUCUACGAAGUGGUAUUGGAAUUGGGACUUCACCUGAAAAUCACACUCGUAAAAGUGCCUGUUGUCCAGGAAUUAUCCAAUGAAUAUUUCUUGAAGCUAUCGACAAUAGUGAGACCAAUAGAAGACUUGGUAUUGAACAAUAAUGACGAAGAUUAUGUCAAACAUAUGAAGUCGACGAUCUGGAACUCAAUGAUAGUAUUUUCCAACCAAGGCGACACUCCCAAAUCCGUGAAUAUUCCUUGCACAAUCUUUAAGUCUCCGAGGAACAAACAGAUACCUGCUAUGAGCGCUAAUAAGAUAGGCAUGUGGUUGGAGUCUGGCACUCAUCCCUUUUAUCUGGUGCUGAUGAUGCGUGCAAUACUCUCGCAUAUGACAAUAAUUAACGUCCCGGAAUUCACAAAAGAUUACCCUGACAAGGUGUGCCAGACCUUAGAGAAGCACAAGGUCAACUGGUUGAUAAUGGAUAGUAAAAGAUGCAAAGAGUUUUUUCUGUCUGGGGUAUUUGUAAGAUACAACAUCUCACACUUAGAAACAAUUAUAAUCAGCGAUGGUCCCAUCAUACCAUAUGUUCAUAGAGGUCUCAUAAGAACGUUGCCAAAGAUCCGUAUUCUAACAUCAUACUGUCUACCUGAGACAGGUAUGAUCGCGUACCAACAGGUCUCCAGUAAAUACGGUUCUUCCGGCCGCGUAGCGGUAAAUGUUGAUUUAAUGAUCGUCGAUUUGGAUAGUAAGGAAUCGUUAGGCCCAAACCAGCGUGGCGAGAUCUGUUGCAAAUGUGACGGCAUGAUGUUUAGCUAUUACAAGGAUCCCAAAGAUAAAGCUGAUCGGAUAAUCGAUAAAGACGGAUGGUUUCGUACUGGCGAUGUAGGCUACUACGACGACGAGGGAGACCUCUUCAUUAUCGGUCGAGUCGACGAAGUUAUCAGAUACAGAAACUGUUAUAUCUCAGCAAUAGAACUCGAGAAUGUGAUAAAAUGUCACGAAGCUGUAGACGAAGUCGUCGUAAUACCUUUGUCGCAUUGCGCCGACGGCCAGCAUCCAGUUGCGUGCGUUACGAUAAAGCCGGAAUUACAGGUGAUGGAAAAGGAGCUGAUGGAUUUGGUGGCGAGAAAUUUGCCGAUCGACAAAAACCUACACGGAGGUGUGAUAUUCAUAUCUAGUAUGCCUCGCCUAUCGUGCGGCGCAAUCGAUCGGAAGCUACUUCUGCAUUUGGUGAACUAUAAUCAACAAUUUAUAUCAUAAUAAAAUUCAAACAACGCGAAUUUAAACAAACCAAUGUACAAGUAAUACCGUUAAAAUAAUAAUCAAUUUGCGGGCUUCAACUCACGGCUGUUGCAAAAGGUGGAAAUUGUCGUCGGUAAUCUCUUUAUAUAAUUUGCGCGUCGUGUACCACAGAUAUAUUCGAUAAUAAAUAUUUUGUAUUUU